AUGACACAACAAGUCAUAUUCCAAAAGCGUUUCGCGGCAACAUUCCCAACCGCUUCGGUCCUUCAAGUUCUCACGAAGAUGUUUGACACUACGACCAAUAUCUGCACCAGAGGCCGUUCGACCCGGGUUCACCACCUACGACAAGCAGAUGGAACUAUUCCCAUCAACGCCAAGGAAGAAGGAUGGCUCCUUCAGCAAAACAGACACUGGUCUUAUGUUGGCUUUCCUCGAAAACGGGGAUUUAUUGAUGGUGAGCGAAUCAUCCCUGAUUGGUUUCUAUACAUGUCGGAGUUCAGUCCUACUAUAGUGAUUGUGCCGUCCAAUAUUCUAAUCAUUGGAGCCCCCUACCGAUCUUUCAUUGAAAAGUUAUCCGAUGCUCAACCAAGAUGUUCUCUGCUGUCUGUUGAGCCCAACGAUGAUACAAUUGUCGAUUAUCAUAUAUAUGUCUUUUGGAGAAAUGUGCAACAAAAGGCCGAAGUUUUUCAAGAUUAG